UUUGUGAAGACCAACAUUGUCAUAACGCUGUUGUUCUUUUUUAUUAAGGCUAUGUUUUGUUCUUAUUUUGGUGUUUGGAGCGGGGGUUGUGCUUGUGCUAACAACGGCGAGCUUUGCUGGCAGCGGCUGGCUGGCGACCCGCGUGUCAGCAGCAGUGAAACACAAAACCUCCCAGAAAGCAGAUUCCGAGAAUCAGACAGCUUGAACCCAACUAACUCACUUUGUUUUCCAGGCUGAGCGUCAGUGCGUCAGGAGCCGCACAGCACAUUUGCCUCGGUCUUUAUGAGGAGUUUUGCUCAAUCCAGGUCACAUCAGUCAUGGUGACCAUGGUCCAUCGUGUGGACCAAGGUCCAUGUUGCCCACAUCCUCCCCACCAGCCCCCUUUGGACCUAGGAGAGGAUCUUUCCUGCAUCGCCGCCACCUUCCAGUAUUUACACACCUCAGGCUGGUACUGGGGCUCCAUCUUGGCGAGUCAGGCCCAGAGUACACUCCUGACGAAGUCGGAAGGCACCUUUCUGGUGCGGGACAGCAGUCACCCUCAGUACAUGCUGGCGCUGUCAGUGAUGACCCACUGCGGGCCGACCAGCGUCCGAAUAAAGUACAACAAGGGCGCCUUCUGGCUGGACUCCCUCAGUCCCGAGCUGCCGAACCUGCAGUCCUUUCCCGACGUCCUCAGCCUCAUACAGCACUACGCCGGCUCGGGACACACGCCGCAAGGCCCGGCGGCGUCCAUCGAGGACAAUCCCCUUUCCACAGGAAAGUCGGACGCCGCCCAGCGCCCGCCGGGUACUGAGGACAAUGGCGUGUUGCUGAAGCUGGUGCGGCCUCUUCACAGGCCGGACACUUUCCCGUGUUUGCAGCACCUGGCGCGGCUCGCCAUCAACAGAAAUACAAACUGUCCCGACCAGCUGCCGCUCCCGAACCCUCUCCUGGACUACUUGCAUGACUACCCUUUCCACAUAUGAGGGUCACAGAGACAGAGGCAGGGAUACCCACUCAGGUCAGGUGUUAUUCGGUCCACACGGACUAAACCAAAAACUACUGUCACCCUCCACAAUGUUGUUGUUUUCUUUCCUUCAAUAUGAUUUCUUCGUUCUUCCACAAUAAAUGCACAUUAGGAAAAUCAGACAACCCAAAUAAUUCAAUAAACUUUGUGUGGAAUCUUGA